GGAAGGUAAAACUAAGAAAUAGUCUGCCGAAUCGUUCAGAUGCGUGCAUCCGGUUGCUACUCCUCCCGAUUCUCCGCAUUUGUCAGUAUACUGCGGUCAGUCGGAUUCCAUUGGAAGACUACUGCGCUGACUUUUGCCCGACUUCGACGGAGGGCUCGAGUCUGAUUCCCGACGGCCGCUGUAAAGAGCUGUGCACUUUUCGUCCUCCUGCUGCGUUCAGUUGCAAACGGACCUUUCAGACGCUGAGUUCGCUAGUGGUAAAGGCGGAAGCUGCACUCCAGAAAUAGUGGAAAACGUAAAUGUACGGACCGGAGUCCUUCGCACGCGCUAAAUCCCGGCUCGGAGUGCGGACCGACCAUGUAGCCGAAUCUGUACGCGUGCCCGCAUCCGGUUUUCGUUUCGGUUCCGCUCGGUGCUUGCCAAUUGCCAUUUGUGCAGCGUGUUUCGCGUCCACAUCCUAAAUAAAUGCAAAUGUACCCAACAAGACAGAAAGUUACCAUUUUUAGGAAAUGUAUUAGGGCUUAAAGGCCGUAGGGCUUUGCAGGCUUCGCAUCGGGAGAAUUACUCGAAUCUUUAAGGGAUAGGGAAAGAAAAUGUUUUCCAAAUUUUUUUGUAGACCAGAGUAAAAACAUUACUUGGCAAGUAAGACUCGCAGUAAGAUUUCUUUUUAAGUUGAAAAGUUAGUUGUGCACGUGCCUGAACUUUGGGCGGAAGCCUAUCAGAAUCUGUUGGAUAAUAAUAGUUCUGAGUGAUGGUAAUGGGUUUAUAAUCGUAGGAAGGGUGUGAAUUAUUAAGCCUCGAUUUCUCUCGAAGUUAAGUCUAGUAAAAUCCACUUUAUGGGUCUCAGUAUUAAAACAAAGUGCGGUCUGUAAAUUAAUCACAAGCUGAUGGUCCCAGAGCAGCUGCAAACUUGAGAAACCAGAGAAAGGCGACUAAUUCAAGACAGAAUUUAAAAACACCGUAGUAAUUUUUCAAGAGCAGUAAAAUUUGAAAACAAUGAAAUAUAUAAAGAAUUUAUGACUGACAACGGUCUUGAAUUAAAGUGGAAGUGAUAUUGGUGCACUAAAGCAGCACCCGGAAAACAUCAACGAGGCAACGUACAAAAUUAAAGUUUUAAAAAUUCGUAAAGGAAAAUUUGGCGGUAAAGUGACUCAACAUUUAACGAUAUGGGAAAUAUGGCGCUGAGACGAUCAGCACAGGGUGUUGCCAAGUCGAAUAGCAUCGCAGUGAGAAGUCCAAUAUCCCUAUCGCUGGUACUGCUGCUUUGCUUAGCGCUAGUCGAUAGCUCCAGUGCACAAGUUGAUACCACCAUUAGUCAGCAAGAAAGUCAAUCAGUUGUGCUACCGUGCCCCGUCGAUGCAGAAAAGUGCGGAAAACUCCACUCACUAAAUUGGUUUAAGGGCGAUGAUCGCAUUGCUGCAAUGCUUCUUGGCGAUAGUAAUGUCACGAGUGUUAAUAAAGAGUUCGACGAAAGGGUUACUGUGGAGCAAAACCCAUACAGACUAGUAAUUAAGGACUUAAAAAUAGCUGAUGAAGAUAUUUAUCUAUGUGAUACUACAUUUUUUAUACCAGAAGAAACUUGUGAUAACUUUAAUGGAUAUCGAAUAGAAUUGAGAGUCUUAGAAAACAUUGUGCCACCCACUGAGGUAGUUAUCUUGGAUGCAAAAGGAGAUCGAAUCGAGAACGGCAGUGUAGUGGGCCCCAUGCAGGAACGCCAGUCCCUCAAAGCUACGUGCACUGUAAGGAACACCCGGCCUCAACCUGAAGUGAGCUGGUUUCGUGGAACAAAGCGUCUAACAACUUACUCCCCCACGCAUGACCUAGUCGAUGGUCUUUAUACGUCAACACUCGAGUUGGAUUGGACAUUGUCUCGCGAAGAUCUUGCUCAGGAUAUUGAAUGUCGCGUGAAAUCUGCCGCAAUACCAAAUGUUACUGUAACUAAGUUUAGCGUGGAUCUACAAGUUCGGCCAACUAGCAUUGACAUUAAUGGGGUAAAACAUCACACAGUGCAAGGCAGCAAAGUGGUUUUAACAUGUGACAUUCACGGAGCUCGACCGGCAGUAAAUCUUACUUGGUAUAAUACAACCACCGUAAUAAGUUCUGGCGAAAAUGAAAUAACUGAAGUUCGGACUAAAUCGCUCGAGAAAAGCGAUGGCACCUUUCACACUCAAUCCGAACUAAUUUUUAAUGCCACUCGCUUUGAAAAUGAUCGCGUUUUUCGCUGCGAAGCGGAAAAUAUUGUUUUGCAAAUUAAUCGCGAAAAACCAAUUUCAUCUGCCCUCACGUUGGAAGUCUUAUAUCCCCCCGUAGUCAAAGUCAGUCCAUCUGCUAUAACUGCCAAUACAAGUGAAAUAGUUCUUCUUAAUUGUGAAUACUUUGCAAACCCAGCUUCUCUGACUCAAGUUGAAUGGUAUCGGAAUGAUAUUUUAGUGAAUGUCAAUGACACGACUCAUUAUAAAGGUGGUAAUUCGGAGAAUGUGGCUCUUGUUAUAAAAUCUACUGAAAAAGAGGACAUUGGAAAUUAUUCAUGCCAAUUGUCAAAUAAUAUUGGCACAGGAACUUCUGAUCACAAAAUAAAUCUUGACGUGCAGUAUGCCCCAAGUGUUGAAAUUCUAAUGAUACCGGAAGGACCGGUGAAGGAAAGCGAUGAAUCAAAUGUGACCCUAUUUUGCAACGUCUUGGAUGCAAAUCCGUCUGUUCUUACCAAAGUGAGGUGGUACGCCAACUCUACGCUCCUUAAGGAACUUCCAGACUGCGAAGAAACAAGAGAGGACCUGUGUCACAUAGACCCCAGCAAACUUUUGUUGGAGAGCAUUGGUCGUGGCUUCUUCUACAAUUAUUCCUGUGAGGGAUUCAAUGCUGCAGGCUGGGGUCCACGAAGCGAAGAUAAAGAGCUGUUGGUACAUUACGAGCCAGGUCCUGCGGCGUUAUCUCAUUUCCCGUUAGUCGCCGUUAAGAAAAAGAGUGUGACAUUCUCCUGUUCCGUAGAUGAUCCCGGAUUUCCAGAAUCAAAUAGAUUUCGUUGGCUACGCGGCGGUCGGGGUCCUCUGCAGGACAUUGUGACGAAGGACUGGACGGUGGAGCCAGUGGGUCUGGAUAGUCGGACAAACUAUUCUUGCUACGCAUACAAUGAGGGAGGCAAAGGUGUGAUGGCCACGGUAAACUUAGAGGUACACGCACCCCCGUUUUUCAUCAAGAACUUGCCUCCGUACACGGGAAUUUUGCAUUCUUCACCAAAUGCAACUUUGACUUGUCGCAUCGAAUGCGUCCCGCGAUGCGACAUAUCUUGGCAAAAGGACGGUGUGCCAAUAGAAAGGAACGAUACCCGAUAUUUUAUUAAAGAAAAAUACAUGGAUGCCUCCCCCGCAACGGGAGAUUUUGAAAGCAUGCUAUCAGUCUUGCACUUCAAUAUGCCCAAUUGGCCCGAUUCGAAAUUCAACAUCGAGGCUGAUAAUGCAAACUACUCAUGUGUAUCAACGGGAAAUAUCGUCGGCGGAAGCAUAAGGAGUCGCACCUAUUUUGGCAUUGAGUAUGCACCCGAAAAUACGACGGUUUCGGAGAACAUUGUUUAUGUGCAGGAAGGCACAAUACCAGGACGAGUUAUUUGCAAGUCUCGAGCUAACCCAGAGCCUUCUUACAAGUGGAUUUUCAAAAACGAAACUAUAGCCAAUGGCAAUGCGUUAAUUAUUAAUACUGCUAUGAACCGAAACGAUGAUGGAACAUAUACGUGUUUUGCGUAUAACAAGCACGGCAGCAGCAUUGCGAAAACCGUAAUUAAAGUACAAUUUAAGCCACGUUGCGAAAUCGAGAGACAGGAAAUCGAUGACCAGGACACGCUCAUUUGUACUGCGUACGGAAAUCCUAUAGAGGCAGAUUUCUCUUGGUCAAUUAAAACUGAAAAUGAAACAGACGAAAACUUGGGCAGCGGAAAAAAAGAAAAUUCGGUGGAAAGGAGUUUUUACAUAUUGGAGACGGACUAUGCAAUAUCCAGGACUUACAGAUGUGUUGCGAAUAAUACAGUUGGUUACGGCCCGUUUUGUGAAAUUGAAGUAGCUGCUGCUUCAUCACUUUUAGUUUGGUGGCAAGAACAACUGGCAUGGUGGCAACUCUGGGAAAAGAACACACUCAUCAUACUAGUUGCUGCUAUCUUGGGAUUACUGCUGACCGUAAUUGUAAUAUGUUGCAUAAUUAUAUGUAUAUGCCGUCGCCGUCGACGUCAGGAUAAAUAUCUCACGGAAGUGCCUAUAAGUUCAAUCCAAAGUGCAUUGUCUGAUCAGUUAGAUAUGUCACGAUCGGGUAGGAAUCUAUCAACACAGGAUAAAUGUACAGCCAUUUUGCCAAAUCCAUCUUCCUCGCGGGUUAUUGGUAGCGCACCAAAAUCGCCACCGCGCUGGCCAAUUCGACCUGGGGUAAUGCUGCAUGUGAGCAGUAACACCAAGGAAAAUUUGACUGUAAAUCGAAUGACAGUAAAAGCGAACGUGUCUGGUAAUCGUGGCGACAUGAGUCAGUUGUCGGCUCAAUUGAGUGCUGCAUUAAACGGAAGCCGGGAUAAUUCGGAUGGCACCAUACUAACCGAGUUUUCCGCGGUGUCAGGGGAAAAUGCAGCAUCAGAUCAUUCGUUACUAGAAGUAACAAACCGGAAGAAAGCAACUGUACCUUCAACAAUAAGAAAUGUAUCUACAGCUGAAGGGGCGCCCCAGGAAAACAUAUCUUCCAAAACUCACAGUGCUGGCCACUUCGCAUUGGAUCAUGUCUGGUCACUGAUAUUCAAAAAGUCAGACGAUUGCACUCGGGAUAGUCAACGGAGCCAUGUUGGCCUUUUACAGACCUUUUGGCGCGGACUGGCUGCUAAGGAGAGCGCCUCCGGAUUUGAGAGUCAGCAUCGUUUGAAAGGAAUACGUUGCAGCGGAAGUGUAACCUACAAAAAGGCAAAAGAGACUGUACAUUCAACGUCUGACGCAGCAUCAAAUGGCGAAUCAUCAUUAACCAACGAAAAGCCCAACAACUGCCAGCCGCCCGUGCCAAUUCCAUUGCAUUCCAUUGCAAACAUGGAGGAAAAAGCAUCUACAUUUUUAUUACAAGAUGAAAGGAAUAAUUCAUCCAAGGAAGUAGAAAACAUACCGUGUAAUGUUGUUCCUUCUGUAACACGGGGAUGCUCCAUUGAAUCUCCGCAGAGACCUGCCCCUUCAUCAUUACCCAUAAAGAAUUUUUCUAGUGUAACCAGCUGGGGAUGUUCUGGUAAUUCAACGAUGGUCCCAUCCAAUAUACUCGCUAACGAGCAAAUACACGACAAGUCGUCUUCACUGGGGGAACCGUUGACGGAACCUGGCGAGUAUGAGAAUCUACCAUUUCAUGGUCUGCAAACGGCACCUAACAAGUUCUCUACUACCCCUACAAAUUUUAAUAACAACACAAAUGCGGUGCGCGUUGCUCAAAGACCCAAGGAACCGACUGGAAAUAUCAAUCAGCCAUCUGCCGGCCUUUACCAAGAUUGCCAGGCCACUCAUGAUCCACUUUUGUACCAUCAAAAAUAUUUUUGCGAUCAGGACGCACUUAAUGAUCAGAGAUCGCAGUACACCACAAUGCACCGCCCACCAAACAAUGUACAAUAUAACCAAUGCUUAGUUAGGCCAGAUUCUAAUCCUCAAGAUCAACACAACCUCAGCAAUAGCUUUUCUAAAAGUUACACUGAGUAUUACCAGCAGCAUAAGCGUUCGGAAAAAGUGCAAAUGCUAUUUCCACCAGGAGCAUCCAAAGAAUUAAACAGCAACUCGCUGUGUAAUACUGAUCACACUCCACACUCGGCACUGGUUAAUAUUAAGCCAUACUUGGAGGCCUCUAACUUUAGAGAAUACGACAGAACGGGAGAAGAAUUACUUGGCAGUAUGCCACGUGCGAGGCACAGCAAAGGCACUUUGAACCUUGAGAACAAAUUUUAUUCGCUAAAACAUCUAGGCGGAAUCGAGCUAAUAAAUCGGGACCUGGAAGAAGACUAUUCCAUAGGUGGUACCACAUCAUCAACACCCUCCGCUACUGAAAGUAGCUCCCUUUCCAAAUGCAAGAUACACAAUUCCUUUGGUUGCAAUAGGCUUUGCAAUGCUGGCACGAACGUUCAGCCGAUGCGCUUAUAUGAUCCUCCUGGAUAUCAGAACAUGGUUGUGGAGCACGCAGACGAUCAAAUUACAGUAUCUAAAAAAGACGAGGGCAACCUGGCUACUGUACAAACGCACACCCAUCCGGGCAAAGAUAAAAUGAAAAAUCAUCAUCAUUGGAUUCACCAGCACCGGGAAAGAAAAGAUGAAGGCCUAGGUCCUGAUGUUCAUCAAGUGGAGCCGGAACGCAUCAGCAUACAUCGGAGCGACUCUGGCAUUUCCAACAGCUCUUACGAGUCACAAUUUUCAAAACCAAAAAUGGCAACCCUAAACACAUCCUCUGGUCCAUUAGUUCGAAAAUAUGCACACAGAAACAUUAAAGCCCAUAACAGUGUUUUCAAUGCGUCCUACGCAAGUAAUGUUACUGAAAGCGAGGCACCAUUAGAUAACAGUUCCACAUUGCAUCAGUCCUGCACUGUGCCAAGUGUUGCUCCUUCGCACUGCAACCGUCCUAAACCAAGAAAUCGGUACAGCAAGGAGACAACUAAAAAUGAAUGCGAGCAGCAUCAACGGGGUCACCAGAGCUUGAGGCCGGCUUCUAAUCCUUCAGAAUGCAUUAGUUUAGAUACAUCCAGCAGAAGCGAAUGUAUCAUGUCGACAGUGCCCGCCCAGUGCGGAACUGUUGAUACACCGAAUGAGAAAAUCCAACUGCUCGCUAUUAAUCCACUUCUAGUUAAAAAUUGGAACUGUGAAUCAUACACCGGUAACAAAAUUAACAAGAAACAGCGGCGGCAAACCAUUAACAACCCAUACGAACAUAUCCAAAGCCACCCAUAUGCAAGACCUGGCGACGUUUGUGAAGUCUCCAGAAAAGCCCAGAGCCACAGCUCAGAAACAUUCAAAGCUUACAAUUCUGGCUCCAAAUCUGACACGAGUGCUCCACAAACAGCAGCGCCAGAGCAUUCGAAGGUCAAGAACGCCACAGAAAUCAGCAGCAAAAAAAACGGGAUUGGCGCCAACGGAGAACGUUAUGAAGGAAUGCUAGCUUCAAAACACAUACAGGGGUCCAGACUAGGUUCUCUAGCCGAUAUCGAUGAUUUUCCGUCCCAGGGUCCCUUGAACGCAUUAGUAGGUAAUCCCGCAGAUUGCCUAGUGGCGAGACGGCCUAUACGAUUGCCGUUGCGCAAACAUCACACCUUCCACUUCCAAAGCACUCAGACGGCCAACGGCAAGCUACAACAGCUGAGGGAGCGACUGCAGCUGCAGCUGCACGAAAGUAGGAAGGUUGAUCAGGACAAGUUUCCACUGGUGUUUGAUGCACUGGAGUUAAGUGAAAAGCAUGCAUUCAAGCCAAUUUCACCCAUACCUCCACUGAACAACUCGGCAGUGCAGAGUACCGGGGAUCAGAAUCAGGUCGAUUUUCCGACACAUGGUUCUGUACGCCAAUUGAAAGGGGCAGAAGAUGAUGAAGACCUUGGAUACAGUUUCUGUGAAGAAGAAUGCGUUGUAGAGAACGAUAUAAAUCCCACCUCGGACAAUCUUAUAACUGCCCCGACCAACAGCUCCUGUUCAUCGACGGCUGUUGAAAGCGCGAAUGUAGGUGCUCUUAAAUACUUUAUGUCGCAAAGUAGUUGUGAAGUACAUAUAUAGAUAUUAAAAUAAUCAAGACGAAUAAAGCCUAAGUGACGCAAACAAGGUAUUUUAUAUUAAGUAUACUAAAAAGUAUAAUACAAAAAAUCAAUUAAUACACUUAAGUCAAGGAACACUUUUAAUAUUGUCCAUCAAACCAUACUAAUAAAACUAAAAAACUUUAUUGCGUGUGAUAGUUUCCGGGAUGUGCAUUUAAUGUCCGUUGCCAGUAGAAUAAAAUGGUAUCUAGAUUCGAUGACAGAUUAAAGCACGCGUGUCCGACCCUAUAAAGGCGAUCUAUCCAUCGGGAACUAUGAAAGCUGCGACUAAGAGAGAGAUUUUGGUAUUUAACCCUUGAUAAACUACGAGCUUACUGUUUUCUUGUUGAAAGUAUACGGUUCUCGUCAUGACAUGACAGUUAAAAUUGUUUUCUAAAAAGGAUGAUACUUUUGGUGAUCAAAAAAUGAUAUGUGCCUUUGUAAUACAUUGUAUGGCAUCGACAUAUUUUAUUACCUUUGGUAACAGCAUCAAUAUCAGAAUGUAUCAAGCCUUUUACGAAAUCUGUUUGGGUUACAAAUGUAAAUGUAAAGUUUUUUUAUUGAACCGAUAUUUUUAAAAGUUAGGACAUGUAAAUACUACGCAAACAAUCAAAAAUAAUUUGUUUAUUAAAAUUCUGUUUUUUCUUUUCUCAUUCGUGACAUAAGAAUAGUCUGUAAAUUGCUAUUUAUAUUCAUGUAAAUAUUAAUUACAUUAUAUAUUCCAGAAGACUAGUUAUUCUCAAACAUAAAGCGGUUUGAAUAUUUUCGGUUUUAAAUUUGUAGAAAUAGGACGACUAUUAUUAAGUUUUAAGUUCCUGAUAUCUCGACUUUCAUACGGACGGACGGACAGGGCCAGAUCGACUGGGCGAUUGAUACUGAUCAAAAAUAUAUAUACUUUAUAUGGUCGGAAAUUCUUCCUUCCAUCUGUUACAUACUUUUCAACGAAUCUAGUAUACCCUUUUACCCUAUGAGUAACGAGUAUAAAAAUCGAAAGCCGUUUUAUAAAUUUCGAUUUUGUUAUUUUUGAAUUUCAGGAUACAGAAAGCAUUGAAGUAAAUUUUAAGUUACUUAGUUCAUUAUUCUCGGGUUACCGGCAAACUCCUAGUUUUUUGACAUUAAGUUAAAAUUACCAACUGUAAAACAAUAUGACACAUAGUACACAUAGUAAAAAGGAAAUGAUAAAUAUGGGCCUUACUCGUUAUUAUUGAAAUAUUGAAUUAAUAAUUAAUUUUAAUUAGCUCAAAGCUUAUUUCAAUUUUGUAUUAUGUCUUAAGUCUUACAGCUGUGAAAAAUAAUGUGGCACCACUUGCUCAAUCAAGGUUUGAAUAAGUCGCCUACCAACACUUCAGAGUAGUUUUUGUUGUUUUUUUUUCAUAUUAUAAUAUCAUAAUAUAAAUAUAAUGUGGGUCUUGUAAAUUACUUUCGAUUUGCCAAAAACUUUUUGGCACGACAACUCUAACGACCUAAAGCCGCCAAACCGGUCCAGCUCAAACUUUUGAACAAUUUUUAAAUUUUUCCUCAAUAAAUUCCUGAGAUUUCGACGUCCAUACGGACGGACAGAUGGAUGGACAGACGGACAGGGUCAGAUCGACUCGGUUAUUGAUUUAGAUUGAAAAUAUAUAUACUUUAUAUGGCCGGUAACUCUCCUUGUGCCUGUUACUUACUUUUCAACGAGUCUGGUAUACCCAUUUACUUCACGAGUAACGGUUAUAUUUAGAGAUGUUUAAUUCUAAAUUAUUCAUCAUAUUCGUAUAAGGGAAAUACCAUGAUUUAUGAGAAAAAUCUCUAUUUCGUAAUAACGGAACCGCAACCUUAAUUCAUUUGAUCAAGAAUAAAAUACGCUAUAGUGGUACCUUUAUUUUUUCGCAACUGUAAGUAUAUCAUAUAACAUGCAUUUAUUUUAGAAAUAUCAAAAACUUUCCUCUCCUAGUUUGAGUGUACCCUUGCAGAUAUUCAGAAUGCAAAAAUUAUUUUUAAGAUAUUUUUUAUUAAUGUUGUUAUUAAACAUCAAUUACGUGAACAAUCUAUAAAACAAUCGGUGGCUCUGAAUUGAAUAACGGGCAUGAAAUAAUUGUUCAAACUUUAAGGCAUGAGACCAAAAACUAUAAUACCACCUGCAAGGGUAUAAAAGGAAGUGUUUAUUUGUGAGCAUAUAGGAUUAUGCAAAAUAAUUUGGAAAUCAAAAAUAAAAAUAUCAUGUCAGAACAGACUCCGCCAAAUCGUGUACAAGUUACAAGCUUGGUCUUAAGUUUGAUAUGCUUUCAUUUAUAGUAACUUCUUUAAGUUUGUAACCACUUUGUUCUUUAAUGCAAUUGGAAACUUACACAUAGUCAGUACUCAAGUAUUGUGUCUAAAAACUUUGUAUAUAUCUAUUUAUAUCUAUGUAUUUAUCUUAAGAAUGUAUACAAAACAGCGACUGUAUUAAUUAGUUAUAAAUGCCCAACAUCCAAAUAUAGACUGUUAAAAUAUUAGGAUGUAAAAAUAAAUCCCUAACCAAAGAUUUAUGAAAUAUUUUUAUAUAAAGAGGCCUACUUAUCUAUGUAAAAUUCUGUUGGCGGCACGCUCAUAUCAAUUGGAAACUUUAAAAGACACAAAAUUUAACCAUCGUUUAUAACACUUAUCGAUAAUUUCACAACAGUUUUCAUAAAUUCUCUUAAAAGAAAUCAAUUGUAAUUUUUUAGCAUCUUUCCGACUUUGAGGAUCCUUACAAAAGCAGCAAUACAUAUAUAUUCUAAGUUUUAAUUUGAAUACAUUUCCAUAACAAAGAGAUAAUGUUCAUUGUCCGAGUAGAAAGAAGGUAAAUUUAAUUUUGUUAAAUUGACAAUUCAGUUAUUUGUAUUAUUAUUUUUCGCUAAAAUGUAAUACAUGGCUUUAACACUUCUGACAGCCACACCACAAUUUUAUUGCAUUUUAUUAUUCAUAACUAGGAGCUAUUCAUUAUUCAUUUGCAUGAAAACAGCUUAUUUUAUGAAUAUUAUUCAUACAUAACGCCUUUAAUAUUUGACAGCCUUUCACUUAUGUUAUUUUCCUUAUCCAUACAACAGCCAAUAAAUGCCCAAAUUUUUGAUGAUGAAUUCAUUUAUGCUGAUCUCGAGAGUCAACAUUACGGACCUAUCAAUUACAAGGCGGCUUCCCUAUACUCACAAGUAAAAAAAAAAAAGGAGUCAGGCGCUCUUGAAGAACUUAAAUAAUCUUCUCUUUUGUUUUGACAAUGCAUUUUAAAUAAAAAAUUGUGGAUUCUAGCUUAGAAA